AUGUGCAAGUGCCCGCCUAGCGACCGGAUGUUGGUGCUGUUUGCAUAUGCCCUGCUGGUGGAGAAGAUCCUGCGUGAGCAGCCGGGUGUCGGGCAGCUGUAUUUGCUCAUCCAACCCACCGCGCUCAGCACGGCAUCGCAGCGCCUCAAGCAACAGGUGCGCUGCCUGCUCCGUGCGCUCAGGUGCUUCUUCCUUCUCCCCCGCUCCUUGCCCCCUCCUUCCCCCGCGUCUCUGCUUCUCCCCUCACUCCCCCACAUGCUCUCCUUCCCCCUUCCUUCACGGCGCGUCUCUCCUGCUCCCGCGUCUGCGUGCCCCUCCCUCCACUGCGUGUGCUUCCAGCCCCCCCUCGCGCGGCAUCCUGCACCUCCACCUGCGCCCCACAACACACCCUCCUCUCCUCCGCUGCUCCCCCCCUCUCCACCCCCCCAUCAGGUGGUGCCCUCGCCGCUCUUCGCUCACCUGCGGCAGCGCCACGGGGAGGGCUACGAGGCGUUCAUGGCGAGCAAGCUCACGGCGGUGCCGGGCAACAUGGGCAGCGACGGCCUGGGGCUGCCUGCACAAGACGCUGCUGCACUGGCGGGCUCGCUGCACGUCAUCUUCAACUUCGCCGCCACCACUGACUUUGAAGCCCCGUAUGACGUGGCACUCAACAUCAACACCCUGGGCCCGCGGCGGCUGCUGGCCUUCGCCAAGCAGUGCACGCAGCUGGAGCUGCUGGUGCAUGUGUCCACUGGUGAGGCGCAACUGACAAUUCAGGGCCGACAGGGCUUUAGAUGUGAUGUUUCCUAUGUGAACGGGCAGUACAAGGGGAGGUGCAUGGAGCAGCCCUUCUCUCCCGGCGACACCAUGGCAGCCAAGCUGCUCACCUGCUCCCCCCGCCCCUCUGCCACUGCUGCUGCUGCUGCUGCUGCUGCCUCCAAGGUGCCCGUGCUUGAUCUGGACGGGGAGGUCGCACAGGCACUUAGGGAGCGAGCAGCAGUGGAGGCAGCUGCAGCGGCGAGAGGGGCGAGCGAGGAGGAGGUGGUAGCUGCAGUCGAGGCGCACAUGUGCGCUCUGGGUCGCGCCAGGGCGAGCAUGUUUGGCUGGCAGGACACGUACGCACUGAGCAAGUCAAUGGGGGAGAUGGCACUGGCGGAGCAGCACAACGGGGCGGAAGGGGAAGCGCCGGUGCCGGUGGUGGUGGUGCGGCCGAGCAUAGUGGAGAGUGCACUCUACGAGCCCAUGCCCGGAUGGAUCGAAGGCUUUCGGAUGACAGAUCCAGUGCUCAUGGCAUACGGCAAGGGAGCCAUUCCAGGCUUCCUCGCUAAGCCAGACGGCGUCUGUGACAUGCAUUUUGCUGCAAACCCCAUGAAGCGGAAGGAUGGAACUCCUAUCGUUGUAUCCCCUGCGAUACUCUUUCCAUGGGUUAGGCUCUACAGGGUGGCUAUUUGGUUUCAGUAUCGACUGCCCAGGCUUUUAAUGAAAAUUGAUCCAAGAAAUGGACCAGCACAGCAGCAACGGGCUGCGAUGUUAACAAGGAGGCACAACCAUUGCGAGCGCUUAGCUAGGGUUUACGCCCCUUACUGUCUAGGAAAGGCGCGGUUUGACUCGAGCAACACCGAAGACUUGUUCUCUGCAAUGUCACUUGAAGAGCAACAAAUCUUCAAGUGCAAUGUCUCUGACAUCAAUUGGAACGACUACAUCUGCCUCGUUCACAUCCCUGGCUUGCGCAAGUUCGUUGUGAAGGAAAAGGCCUCUUAA